AUGACGGGCGCAUCCAAACCAGAUGAGUCAGAGCCGGUAUUAUCGACGCUGGAAGGGGCAUCGAACCCGCCGACGCCCAAUGCUGCUGCUGCUGCCUAUCGCUACAAGGCCGAUCUGCUCAACCGCGCCAUCCAAGACAUCGGGAUGGGCAGGUAUCAGUGGCAGCUGUUCGGCGUUAUUGGAUUCGGCUGGGCCAGCGACAACCUAUGGCCCAUCGUCACCUCCCUCAUUCUCGUCCCGGUGUCGUAUGAAUUCCACGUCGCCCAGCCGCCGUUAUUGUCCCUGGCCCAAAACAUCGGGCUGCUGGCCGGCUCGCUCUUCUGGGGCUUCACCUGCGAUCUGUUCGGUCGGCGAUGGGCUUUCAACCUGACCAUUGCCAUCACCGCCAUUUUCGGCCUGGUCGCUGCUGGCUCACCGUCUUUCGCAGCCGUGGGCGUCUUCGCCGCAUUAUGGUCCUUCGGGGUUGGCGGCAACCUGCCCGUCGACUCGGCCAUCUUCCUCGAGUUUCUCCCCGGAUCGCACCAGUACCUGCUCACGGUGCUGUCGAUCAACUGGGCGCUCGCGCAGCUCCUCGCCAACCUGGUCGCAUGGCCUCUGAUCGGAGAAAUGACCUGCGCCUCCGCCGACCACUGCAGCAAGGCCUCCAACAUGGGAUGGCGGUAUUUCCUCAUCGUGAUGGGUGGCCUCGCUCUCUUCAUGUGCCUAGCCCGAUGUCUAUUUUUCACUCUUUACGAGUCCCCCAAGUAUCUCAUGGGCAAAGGCCGUCACGAAGAAUCCGUCGCCGUAGUGCAUGAAGUCGCGCGACGCAACGGCACCAGCUCCUCUCUAUCCAUAGACGACCUCCAAGACGACGGGCCCAUCUCCAGCAGCACCGAAACAACAACCACUCCCACCCGCACAUCACCCAACAACGAAGCCCUCAGCGCCCUCGACCAUCUCCGCAUGCGCCUCGAACCACUAUCCGCCCCCUACGUGCGCGCUUUAUUCCGUACCCCCCGCCGCGCCUGGUCCACGACCCUCAUGAUCCUCAUCUGGGCCCUCGUCGGCCUUGGAUUCCCCCUGUACAACAACUUCCUCCCCUACCUGCAGCAAAUGCGCGGGAUUCAAUUCGGUGACGGUUCCACGUACAUCACGUACCGCAACUCGCUCAUCAUCGCCGCAGUCGGCGUGCCCGGCAGCUUGGUCGGCGGAGUGAUGGUCGAGAUGCCUCGGUUAGGACGCAAGGGCACGCUCUGCCUCGCCACACUCUCCACGGGCGCAUUCUUGCUCGCGUCCACGACGGCGAAUACCUCCGGUGGUCUACUAGGGUGGAACUGCGCCUACAGUUUCACUAGUAGUUUGCUGUAUGCAGUGCUGUAUGCAUACACGCCGGAGAUCUUUGAGACGCAGUACCGCGGCACCGGGAAUGCGUUGGUCGCGGGUGCGAACCGGAUUGGGGGCAUCCUGGCGCCGAUUAUUGCUUUGGUGUCGAAUAUGGAGACGGCGGUGCCGGUGUAUAUUAGUGGGGGAAUGUUUGUGGUGGCGGGGUUGUUGGUCGUGCUGGUGCCAAUGCACGUGGAUGUCGAUGGCCUGGCGACGAUGACCUUAAAGAAGAUAUGGCAGUCAUCAUGA